AUGAUCGUUUGGGUCUUUCCUACGUUUGUGAUUCUAGGUUUAAUGAGCUCUUUUGAAAGUCUUUGCAGAUUUAGCUCAUAUUCUAAUGGGCUUUUGAGGGAUUUGGAAGUUGUAAUUGCCCGAAAAGAUGAUACUGUUCUUCCUCGACGUGCUACUUAUUGGAUGGUUUCUUGGGUUGGUUGGGACCCUCAUAGUCAGGCUGCGUUGGCUUUGCUAUUAACGAGGCUGCAAAGUUAUGGGGAUGCUAUCCAAUGCAAGGAGAAUGUUUGCUUGUGUGAUACUUAUCCUCACUUCAUUUUGUUCAAGUAUAUUAAGAGCCUGCUUAAUAGAGAUUGGGACUGUUUGGUGUUGCGUUCUCCAAAAAAAGGAACAUUUGUGCAGACUUCCUUGCUGAAAAAGAAAGCUAUCAGGAAUCAGGAUGUUCCUCUUCAUGUUUGGUAUUGCCCUCCUGGUGAUUUAAGUCUCCUCUUUUUGGCUGAUAGUUCAGGUGUGGCUCAUUUGCUAGCCUAG